CAUUCCACUGUUGUGGCCAUACUGUGCGACGCUUUUUUGUUUACAACCGCGACGCGCGUCAAAUCUAUGUCCAUAUACCGUCGAAAUGUCAAAAAUUCGCUCACAUUUACUGGAAAAAAUCGUACGCCAUUAGUUUAUGGCAUCUUCCUUCGGUGUGAAAAUUGACAAUUUACGCAGCAGAAGUCGCGUCCUGUUGACGUGCCUCGAAGAGAACGCUAAAAUCGUCCGCAAGGAGGUUAAGAAGCUCCGCUCCCAAGACUCAUACCGUUUGCACGGUACAAGCAAACGCCGCUCGGCUUAUGGGCGACAAUCCGACAUCUGGAAGUUGCGCAACGACUCGAGUGGUGUCGGCGCUCUUCUCUGCCCCGACUACUUUCGGCCGUCGUCGAAAUACGAAUCUGUCUCAGCGACGGACAUGAGCGCCAACCGGAGGCUGCCGGUGGUUAAACCUGAAAGGAAACAGCCGAAGUCGUCGUCUCCGCGACGCUCGGUCGUCAAGGAAUGCUACUGCCAGACGGCGAUGCUCCAGACGCGGAAGGCGAAUCAAAGGUCGAUGAGGACGAGACACGCGCCGAUUUGCCUGCCGAGUUUCCGCGAAACCGACGAUGCGGUUCACGGCGAUGCCGGCUCGCCGCGGGAUCCUCCGGAACCGGCUUACUCGCCGCCGUUGAGCACGACAACGCUGAGACGAGCCCAGAAGAUCGACUACACACCGAGGUCCGAAUUUUUGCGGAGAGUUCAGAGCAAAAUCAACACCCUGCGCGAUAGUCAGCUUGGAACUCCGAGAGCUCCGAGUCCGCUGCCUCGGAGGUUUAAUUCGACGAGUGGCAACGUUCCAGGGAACUCAAAAUCCUUGGAUGAAAGGCGGAACAGCGGGGUCGAGUUACCGCGAAAACACAACUGCCGUCGCGGUGUGGACAUCGAGGCUUUGCCGAAGAAGACUUCGCUGCCCAAGAAAACCAUCGCGUCCAGGAAGUUAAUGAACGAUCAGAACAAACCGGCGAAUUUCAGGAGCCGCGAACGCAGAGCGGCCUUCCGGUCGUCGUCGCCGGACGGAAGAACCCUUCGUAUGGUUUCUGGGGACGGAAAUUUUUCUCGCCCAUCCGUCGGAGACGAAAGGAAAUCUUGCCCCUGCUCGGAGUAUCGGGCAGAUAAAUUUUUGGGAGAACAAGGCGAAAACGAGGCGGUCGACUCGGAGGUUAACGAUGUUCGGAAAUUUCGCGAUAAGAAUUACUUCGACACGCACGCCUCCUGCCCGUCCUUACUCGGCUCUCGGUCCUCCGGUUCUCUCCAGCAAUUUCGCCUCAACGAGAGGCUCUUUCCCGAGCCGGUGGGGAGGGUUCAUCGCGAUGACCUUGUCGUCAGCAUCCCUCCGUGCGCCACCAGGCAAAGGAGGGGAGUCCACUAUUUUCCGAGGAGCAUAGUCAGGCAGGAGAAGAAUGCCUCGAAUACAAAUUACACUAAAAAACGACGAUGUCCCGCGGGCUGUCCUUUGAUCGGUCAUGCCGUCGACUUGGGCGCCCUCAAAGUUUCCCAUCCUUCGAACAGUUUGGCACUAAGAUUUCAAAAAGGAAUUCGUUGAACUUUGGCUCAAUAACAUGUCGAAUUUGAGAUAUCGGCAGAAUUCAGUUGCAGAAUCUGGCCGCAGAUAAUACAAAAUGUUCAUUACUUCAAACUCCAUUGAAAUUGACACGGCGCGUGUGGAUAAUUUGCAACGGUUGCGCUGCUGUAUGAACGUCUGUUACUUUGGUUUUAUCAUUUUUUCUCGGCAGUUUAAGUUCAGUCCUCGCAAAACGCACCGGUAGAAAAUCUUUGGCUUUUACUGUUCGAUACAUUCAUUUAUCACACAAAUUCACCAAAAUCUCAGGCCUCAUUUGUAUAAUGUCAUAAUUAUUCUUUAUACAUACUCGUUAAAGUAACUGGAUAUUUUAGAACGGUACGCGGUAAACGGAAAAACGAAAGUGAAUAUUUUCGAACAACUCGAAUGAAAUUGGUAUAUGUUUUGUUGAACAAUUUAAGUUAUUUUAUACUUUCUUUGGUACCGUGAAUAUAUUGUGUUGAAAUUUUCCCGAAGAAUUUUUUUUUCAUGAUUUGGAUACUAUCUGAUCUCACUGGCGCUGUUGUUAAAAUUUUAUACCAGAACAAGUCCGCGCGAUGAGCAAUUAUUAUUACUGAUUUAUCAGAAAUCAAGCGCAAUAAUGGAAAGUGAUUUUUAGAAAAAUAUGUUAGCAAUUAUUUCAGAUAAAUUAACCUAUCGAAUACUUGAAACAAAAAUGUGUUGUACAACAUAUACAUAUAUUCUAAAAUUGCAACAUGCCCAGCACAUUCAUUUAGGAAAAUUUUUCUAGCCACGUGCAUACGCUUCGCGAUACUGCAGACGGUCAUUCCGUUUGUUUUCACUUUUAUAAAAUGCAUUCUUCACAAUGUGUUCGAAAUCUCACCAUACACAUUUCUAUAUACUUAAGAGAUAUCAGAUAGCAAUAAGCUUUAACAAAUCGGUUGCAAGUUUAUGCAUUUCAUCGAUGAAAUCAUUUUGAACUUUUUAUGAAACCAACGUUCGUCGUAUAGCUUAGUUGGUUCAUAUUUACGAGUCGUAUAAUUCAAACGAUCUUUUUGUAUACAAACAACAUUUUAGAUUUUGAUAGUUUCUAUGUAAAUUAAUUUUUUAGGCUUAAUUAUACAUUUAACCGUACGUAAUCGUUGUCCAAAGUACAAAAUUGUUGAGCAUUCUUGUUAGAAGGUCGAAAGGAAUUUAUACACUUUGUAUUGAAACGUUUACAAUGUGUGUUCAUAAGUAGAUAUACAUAUAAUUACGUUGAUACACACGGUUUCAGAUAUCGUUGGUGGAGAUGGAAAAGUUGCAGGAGGGUCUAUGUGACCAACGUGAAAUGGGUUAUGGCUUUUUGGAAAAAAACAAUUAACUAGAUGAUCCGCGUAUUUACGAUUCUUAUAUGUAUUGUGAACGUUAAUCAUCGAUGUAUCAUUUUUCAUCGUAUGCUGAUUACAAUCAAUAGCAAGUCUGUGUGAUUUGACCUUGUUUACCAUGAUGCUUUCAUAGAAAAUGAUGAAGAAAAUUUUACCGCGUAAACAUCCGUAGGUAGGCAGUUUUCCAUCUUCAUCAAACAGAUUGAUUCUGUCUGACGAUAAAUAUAUCUCGUAUACUGAUUUUAUUUCAACUUUAAAAGAAUAAAUGUUGCCAUAAUUUGUAUACAGCUGGACGCAAUGAACAAUGAAUUUAUCGAAAAUUGACCGUGUACUGUACAAUAAAACUCUUAUGUCCAUAACACUGACAAUCUUCACAAUA